AUGGCUGUAGCUGCACACACGUUAAAUAUUCCAACUCAUGAUGAACUUGUUUCCCGUGCACGAGAUCUGGCGCCAAAGCUAAAAGAGCGGGCAGAGGCCGCAGAGGCUGCACGCUGUGUGCCUGAGCAAACGGUCGCAGAAAUGCAAGAAGCUGGUUUUUUUCAGGUGCUACAGCCCAAAAAAUGGGGCGGGUAUGAGUGUGAACCACGUACUUUUUUUGAUAUCCAAAUGGAACUGGCGCGGGCCUGUCCAUCAACAGCCUGGAUUUAUGGUGUUAUUGGUAUUCAUCAAUGGCAGAUGGCUUUAUUUCCUGAAGAGACACAACAAGAGGUUUGGGGAGAGGAUCCUCGUGUACUGAUUUCUUCCUCCUAUAUGCCUGUUGGUAAGGUCGAGCAUACCGAUGGUGGUGUGAUUUUAAGUGGUCGUUGGGGGUUUUCUAGUGGCUGUGAUCAUUGUCAGUGGGUGUUUGUUGGUGGUUUUAUUCCACCUAAAGAUGGUGAAGGCUAUCCUGAUAUGGUGACUUUUUUGGUACCACGUAGCGAUUAUGACUUUGAUGAUGACUGGCAUGUCUCUGGUUUAAAAGCGACAGGUAGUAAGACGGUUAUUGUUGAUAAAAAGUUUGUGCCUUGGCGUCGAAUUCAUAAAUUUAGUGAUGGAUUUAAACAAGAUAGCCCCGGUCAUGCGGUUAAUGAUGCACCGCUAUUUCGUCUCCCUUUUGGGCAAAUUUUUGUUCGGGCGGUUUCUACAGGGACUAUUGGGAUGUUACAAGGUGCGUUAGAUACCUACAUCGAGGUGCAAAAGGACCGUGUCCAACGUGGUAAUGGUGAAGCCGUCUCUCAGCAAGCAAAUGCGCAACAGGCGGUUGCUCAUGCUGCAGCAACAAUUGAUAUGUUAAAGCUCAUACUCUACCGCAGUUUUGAUGAAAUGAUGGAUUAUGUGAGGCGCGGUGAAAAGAUACCUGUUGAGCGUCGUGUUCAUUUUCGUUAUCAGUCCGCGUUGGUUGUUGAGUCUUGCUUAGAGGCUGCGACGAAAUUAUUAAACGAAAGUGGCGGUUCUGGGAUCUUUUUAACCAAUCCAAUCAAUAGCUAUUUUCAAGAUAUACGUGCCGCGCGCGGACAUUAUGCCAAUAAUAUGGAUAAGCCUGGUAAAAACUUAGGUAGUGUCUUAAUGGGCUUAAAAAAUACAGAUUUCUUUAUUUAA